AUGCCCUCGGAAGCAGAGAAUAAGCGUCAAGCUGCGCGUGAUGUCAUUGAUAUCCUGGAAGACAUUUCAAAGAUCUUGAAUACCAAUCUUAAUCGUACGGAGCUGUCUCUGUGCGUCUCGUUGAUUGAGAAUGGGGUCAACCCAGAUGCUCUCGCAACUGUGAUCAAGGACCUGCGCAGGGAGGCGGGUACCUCUAGGCACGGCCCAGUAGACCCGCAAGGUGCGGAAUAA